UGGUAGGCGCAAGGCCUGAUUUGGAAGGUGUGGGGCGAGGUAGGUAGGGGCAGGGUCUGGCUAGGAGGAGCAGUGUGAGGGAGGUAGGGGUUGGGGCAUGGCUGGGAGGGGCGGGAUGGAGGCCUCGGGGGUAGAGGGAGGCGGGGCGAAGCAGGGAAGAACUGGGAGGGACCGAGUAGUGGAAGGGCGGAUCCUGUCCUGGAAUGGGCGUGGCUUGUCGCGUGACCCCGCCCCCCACAGACUACCACCGCUGCCUCAAGAUCAGGACCCGCCGUGGGAAGAGCACGCAGCCCUGCGAGUACUAUUACCGCGUGUACCACUCGCUGUGCCCCACCAGCUGGGUGGAGAGCUGGAAUGAGCAGAUCAAGAACGGGACUUUCGCCGGCAAAAUCUGACUGCCCCGGCGCGACCUCCUCUGAAGAUGCAGUGACCCUGCAUCUUUUUGUCUCGCGGAGGCCCGGCCUCGGUUAUCCACCCCUACCUCCCAGUGUCUAAGCCACGAAUAAUGUUAUGCUGUU